AUGGAGUCCCCCUAUGCCUAUCACAUCAUACCAAAGGGAAUUAUGGGUCCCUGUGACAUCAAUGAGGUCACAAAGAAAAGUGAUGCGCGCCUCAAUGAUCAGCUCGUACCAAAACCCACUGAUGUAAAUGUAGUGGAGAAAGCAAUAAAGACUGGCGCUCCAAGAGAACAUCCCUAUGCAUCCCACAUCUCCCGCUUUGCCAUGUUCCCGUCCAGUCGGUCUUCAGGUGGUCCUGGGGUCACGGUGGCACCGUUCCCAUUUGUCAGCCCCAUUGUCCCAACUCUACCAUGCAAUGUUACUGUACGCAGCAAAACUAAAGGUGGUCCAUAUAGGCAUGAGGUCUUGGAGACACCAACAAGGGAGAAGACAGCCAAAUUGGCAAUGCUGCCCAACCCCAAAGAGGUGGGGAAUGUGACGUCAUCUGAGCGGACCAACGACAUGGUGAAAAGUUUGGAUACAAUGCGCUGGGUUACCUCUUAUCAGAUGCACUACAAAGGACUGCAGAUGGGUAGUAAAUGUCCUAAAAGUGAUGACUUCAGGGAAAAUUUGAGCAACACCACUGGGAAGACUGCAUAUUUUGCACCACUAGUCACAGAGAGAGAUAGGACCCGUCAUGUGUAUGUUCCCUCUAAAGUGAGACAAGUAAUGAGAAGAAAACCGGAGAGAAACCUGAAGAGCACUUCUGCAGGCGUGUAUUCAAACCCAUAUUCAGCUAUGUACCAAGGAUCUGCUAGAGGCCAGCACAGCGCUCGUAUAAUUACAGGCGGCCACGAUGACACAACAUGUUCGCACAAUGUUGACCCUCAUCCUUCUGUGCAUCCUGCAGCCGAACAUAGCAAGGUCUUGCACAUAAAACUAAAGGCGGAGAAUAGUUGUAUUGAUUAUGACAGCAAAAAGGGAGGCAAAGUGCAGUUUGACGAAAGCCAAACACCGGCAUCAACAAACAAACAAGACGUCAAACCUCCACAAAACCUGCCUCGCCCUCGUGUGCUGCCUGGGAUUGCACCUGUUCGGAGAGCUGCUGGCAGUCAGCAGGGUGCAGCUGGCAGCCUUCUGGCCGUGCAACGUUCUUUUACACGGACAAAGGCCCAUCAGAACUUCAACAACUCCAUCACGUAUGAGUCACUCGACCUGAGGGACAAUGUGUUCACUGGCAAGAGACACAACUUCUUUGGAAUCAACUGUAAUUACAUACACGGAUGAACUACUGCAGUCGCCAUCCACUUUGGCACUCCGUCAUUGUCGGAAAUACACUACAAAAACUACAAUCAAGGCCCGAAACACUUUAUUCUAGAGAUGUGCCCGUGGAUCAGCACCAAUCCGUAUCGGACGAUUUUCGUAAAAAAAGUGUGCGAUCACCAUUGCUGAUGAAUGCCUUUGAAAGUUGGUCACAAACGUCAAAACUCUCUGGAUGAUAUAUUUUAUUUUUUAUUUUGUCUUGGGAAGUCAGAAUUUCCGAGUUCCUAUGCGGAAAUGACCUCCCUGGGUCAGAUGUUCUACUCAAAAAGUCAGAGAGUCCUCAACGCCCCCGCUAAAUUGGCUUCAAAGAUGGCUGCUCUGAGUGUAAACAAUAAUAGAAUCUUCUUAAUAUUCCUUACUCGCACGUCUGACAUUUUUUUGUCACACUAAAUCAGCCGUAUGUGUACAAUGUAUUGUUUGUAAAGACCAAAAUGGGGUAUAAGGAACAUCCUAUUUAGGUUGGACUAGUCCUCCCAGAUUAUUUUGUUCUACGGCUGUACAAAAUGAUGAGAGGUGACUAGAAUUUAAGUUGAACAAUUUUCUCUACAAAACAGGCGUCAGUACAAACAAUUGCGAUGGAGAGAGAGAACCGAGCUAUAUAAAGGCACAAUUUCUUACCGCCAUAACCACAACACCAGGGGGAGCUCCACUAACCACGUUAAACCCAGAUUCCGAUCUAACAAAGGUCUUAACUCAUUCUCUUUCUAUGCCACAUCAAUGUGGAAUGCGCUCCCAGCAGGUAUAAAAGAAAGGGCAUCUCUAUCCUCCUUCAAAACCGCAAUAAAAGUACACCCCCCUCCACACCCCGAAUUGUAAAUAAUUCAAUGUAUACACCCUGAUGAUUAUCUUGUGUGAUGACUGUAUUAUGAUGAUAGUAUAUAUGAUAGUAUAUAUCUGUAUCAUGAAUCAAUUUAAGUGGACCCCGACUUAAACAAGUUGAAAAACUUAUUCGGGUGUUACCAUUUAGUGGUCAAUUGUAUGGAAUAUGUACUUCACUGUGCAACCUACUAAUAAAAGUCUCAAUCAAUCAAAUCAAUCAAACUCUCAAAUGGACACCCUCCUCAUAGGCUUUUGUCCUUCUUGGUUGACUCGCCUCGGCAGGAAUCGACACUGAAAGUUAACUUGACGUGUGUGCCCAGCGCACACACAUUUUCCUCCUCUCUCUCUCUCUCCUGGCUGGUACUUUAUGACACCAUUAAUAAUAAUAGAUGUGUGUAAAAGUGCAUAUAUAAAAACGGUACAUUCAUUGUGUUUGUCUUCUUCGAGCAGAACCAAGGCCAAAGCGAGUCAUUUCUGUCCAAUUUCCCAAAAGACAGAAAAUAUUCUCUUAAAAGGGGCCACAAACAAAACUUGUUUAGGGCCAAAAAGAGCUGUUUGAAGCAAAUGAAAACAACACUAUCUUACAUAAGGUUUCCAGUGGCCUUAGCUGACUGCAGUGUUUGUCUUUAUACAACUAACUCCUGCUGCAAUAACCUUGUAUCCUAACAUUCUGAUCGGGGAAAGAAAACAUUUUUGUACACGCCACACUCACACUGCUGUAUAUUCUGCUGCUUUCAAACUGACACUGCGCAAAUCACUGCUUUGUGACACAAAGUCCUUGAGGCCCCCGAGCUUCAGCUUUGAGUGGUGUAACAGUAUGUGCU